AUGUCGAAGAGUGAACUGGCCCAUUCAGAUCUUUCAAUGAUCCUUCCAAGAGUUCUCAUCGUCUCCCGUCGAACCGUUCGCAAGAACAAGUUCGUAGAUUUUGUUGGAGAAUAUCAUCUAGAUUUAAUUGUGAGUUAUGGGGCGGUGCCAGUUAUAGUCCCAAGAGUAAGUGGAGUCCACAUGCUAUUGAAGAGCUUUGAGCCUAUUCAUGGUGUGUUGCUGUGCGAAGGUGAAGAUAUCGAUCCAUCUCAUUACGAUGCAGAACUAUCUGGUUUUUCACCAGAAGAACUUGAAGAGAUUAGGAAAGUGCAUGCAAGCGAUACUGACAUUGACAGGGAGAAAGAUACAAUUGAAUUAAGGCUUGCAAAGCUUUGCCUUGAAAGAAACAUACCAUACUUAGGAAUAUGCAGAGGAUCCCAAGUCCUUAAUGUUGCUUGCGGAGGUACUCUUUAUCAGGAUGUUGAGAAAGAGCUGUCAAAAAAAAUUCCAGAAGAACAAAGAGUGGUGCAUAUGGACUAUGAGAAUUAUGACGGGCACAGGCACGCAGUAAAGGUAUUGGAAAACACUCCUUUACAUCGGUGGUUUAAAGAUUCUUUGGAGGAGGAGAAAAUGGAAAUUAUGGUUAAUAGCUAUCAUCACCAAGGUGUUAGGAAAUUAGCUCAACGAUUUGUUCCAAUGGCUUUUGCACCUGAUGGGUUGAUCGAAGGGUUUUAUGAUCCUGAUGCUUACAAUCCUGAAGAGGGAAAGUUCAUCAUGGGUCUUCAAUUUCAUCCUGAGCGGAUGAGGAAUCAAGAUUCAGAUGAUUUUGACUACCCUGGAUGCCCAGCUGCAUAUAAGGAAUUUGCCAAGGCAGUUAUUGCUUACGAGAAGAAGCUUAAUCGAUCAGAAUGCGAAGCUCCAAAACUUAAUCAAGAAUUGGAGACAAAAAGAAGAAUCCUGGUCAGAAGUUUCUCGAUUGCAAGAAACAUGUACAGCUCAGGAGGUGGAAGGGUUACUGGUCAAGAAUCAGAACUGAAAGUUGGAGCAGAAUUUCUAGAGGCAAAUACUGCGCUAAGUUUGCAGCAAGAGAAGAGGCUGAAGCAAAUGGGUGCAACAGUGAGAAAUGCCUCUGUAUACAAAGAGAAGUUGAAGAUGAAUGAGGAGAGGGAGAGACUUGCAAGGGCUAUAAUGGUUAAGAUGUCGAUCAGCCAGUUAUCUGAUCUGAUGUCCUUCUAUCAUAUGAUGGGAAAAUUAUGUUCAGAGGCCUUGGAGAGAAAGCUUGAAGACCGAGUGGAUGAAGAACCUGAUUUCUAG